AGCCCUGGUACGCAGGCACCCAGGUGAGCAUGGGUAAAGAGAGGGAGUGUGUGUUAAACCCCUGUCCAAAUUAUUAUUACACCACAGCCAGAAGGGAAAAAAAAAACCACGACGAAAAGUCCUGACAGAUCACCUUUCGUUACUCCGUACUUAAAGCACCGACCCUACACACCAUCUCUUUAUUUUCCUCCCCUACCUUCACAUACCUACUCCUUCACAACUAUAUCAGUAAAUUAACCCUCUUGAAUUAGCUAUUCUAUUCAAAAAGAUUGUUUCAGACAUUCAGUUACCCACAAAGGGCCAGAAAUUGAACACCAAAACCACUAUUCUGUCUUUGAUACCGCCGACUGACAACUUCGCGCUGGCAUCUUACGAAAGGAUCACUAUCAACAACUCCAUAUAUACCCAUAAACGUUUACGCGACUUAUCGUCGACUGAAAUUGUUCUGGCUGAGGCCACCCACCCUACCGGAUCGCAUUCUGUCAGCAACACCCGAAGGAACCGUCCAGCACCUCGAGUUAUCCAACCGAACCCACCGCGCAUUAGUCGCACCAAUACGUUGCAAUCAGACACGAUGUGCCAUAAGAAUGUCUUCGCCUGCGUCUACCCUGACAACAAAAGGGUAGAGCAGGUUAAGUAUGACCUGUGCCAGGAUUCUCGCCAUGGCCAACCGUGCAUGUUCACCAAAACAUUUCAACACCCGGUUGAAUAUAAGCGCGCUGGUCAAUUGAACCCAACACUCAACCUCAGUCAAUUCCCCCCUACGCCACCACUAUCGUCGCAUUCCGCGUCUGCCUCCGACUCGGAACACUCUUCCAAAGGGCGAUCACUUUACAGCAACAGCGACAAAUCCGUCACCAGCAACAGGCGCUUGUCGCGCGCCGAUAAGAGCGAUCGCACUGCCUACAUCGAGGACCCCGAACUGUCGCGCUCGCCACCGCGCAGAUACAGUGUGUCGCGCAACGUUCCUCCUAGCCCUAAGGAAGAGCCGGCUCAUAUCCGCGAGGUCCGACAGCGUGACAGGACUUCGGAGGAGCGCGAGCGUUCAAGCCCAUCCCAGUACCAUCCCACUACCAUUGAGGUCAAGGUGUUCAACGAACCACGACAGAACAGCCACCGCCGAAAUGGCUCAAGCAAGUCAAGCACGCAAUCACAAGACAGCGAUGAUACUGAAGGUCGUCGCCGACGACGAGAAAGCCAUGUUCGAUUCGAGGAUGACGAGAAGAAGAAGAAGGACAUCCUCUCGGAGAUCACUCGAGCCAAUGAGGCCAUUGCGAGCCGACCUGCUGUCCCAGCAGCUAUUACCGCUCCUCCACCAUCGAACACCAAACCCGUCAAUCCCAAGCCCGCCAAUACCAAAUAUCGCAGAGGUUCAGUCGUUGUUGACCGAUCCCAGACGGCGUUAGUGCCGUUAAUGGAUCAGCUAAGCCUAGACCGGGAGAAGAAGCGGCGGGAGAAGCGGGCCGCGCAAGAGAAACGUGAGCGCGAAGAAGAAGAAGCGCAAAAGCAGCGAUUGCUACAGCGAAUGGCGCCGACUCGUCGAGUUGGGCAGAAAACCCUACAGGACGACGGCGCAUACUACUGGGAUUAAACGCGACAAAAAUCAACAACCUACCAAAAAAAUUAGUGUAAACCAAGGGAUGAGAUCAAAAUCUUACAUGUAGAAAAACAAAGGAGGGCAUGACGGCGCUGGCUAAUUGGAUGAUACCUCGCGGGUUUGAUUAUUUUGGCUUCUUACUCAAGUACAGUAGAUAGAUUAGAUAGUAUGGUUUUAGGGCUAUUUUCCUUACAUUGUUAUCAUUGUCUGUAUUCAUUAUUCAUUACAUUGAUGUUAGGUAUAUCAUUGUUGUUGUUGCGCAUCAUUUCAUUUACAUUAGAAACGGGCGCAUAUACAGGGCAUGUAAGGGGAUACUAUUAUGUACUACAUUGAUGGAAGAGAAGACGAAGAAAAAUAUGAAGCAUAUUAUUUACGGUCCGGUCUCUGUGUCGCUAUUCGAUACCAUAGCAACGAUUGCAUGAUGCAGGAAAUUAGAUUAGCCUUAUAGACAGACAGACAUAUAACUAGUGUACAUCCAAUAAGCAUUUUAUUUGGAUGCAAU